CUCCCUUGUGCAGAGCAAUAUAGGGGGUGGGUGCGAGGGAUAGUCGGCCCGUCUCCCCUUCCUGGGGUUCAGCAGCAGGAGAGAAGAGGGUGCAGCAGCUGCAGGCCCCUUCCUCGUUCCUUUGCUUCUCGCGGUGCACAGUUUACCGAGUCCAAUGGGAGUUUUCCUGCCAAAGAAACGUGCCAAAGGCUGCAACCUUGAAAUGGCCUUACUAGAGUAAACCUAGCUGUUGUUCAGUUUUCCAUUUCGUGGUGCGUGUGUGCCUGCAGACGUUGCCAAAAAUCGCUAUAAGCAUUUGCCCCCUGAGAUGGAUAUUUUUUGAGCUUAAGAUGUCUCUAAACUCAUCUGCAAUUUUAAAAGGAGACUCCGAAAGGCAUAAAGGAAUAAAAAGGAAUUUUGAAUGUCUGAAAAAUCCAGAUUCACAAGACACGUCCACGGAUCAGGAAACCCCACUUGAAAACUUACAUCUAGCAUCUCAGGCAAUUCUUGAAAGAGCCCAAAAGCAAGGGAGGUCAAAGUGUCCUAAAUGUAACAGUUCAAGGAUGUUUUAUUGCUACACUUGUUAUGUCCCAGUUGAAACUGUUCCUACUAGAGAAAUUCCGGUUGUGAAGCUUCCUCUGAAGAUUGACAUCAUUAAGCACCCCAAUGAGACUGACGGCAAAAGCACAGCUGUCCAUGCCAAGCUCCUAGCGCCUGAUGAUGUUGCUAUUUACACCUAUCCUUGUAUGCCAGACUAUGAAGAGAUGAAACAUGAAAUUGCACUUAUCUUUCCUGGGCCUAAUUCAGUUUCAGUAAAGGACAUUCCCUUCUCUUUGCAAAACAAAUCCAAGAAGUAUGUCAUUUGCGAUGAGGAAGAGGGCCCAUUACCAGAACCAGCCCUCAAGUGUGCAAAACUCAAGGCAGGCAAUGACAGCAGUUUGGAUGAACACAGCCUGCACAGCAGGAGCAAAUCUGCUGUGCUGAAGAAAAUUGUAUUUAUCGACAGUACUUGGAAUCAGACCAACAAAAUAAUCACGGAUGAGCGACUCCAAGGAUUACUGCAAAUUGAACUUAAAUCCCGGAAAACUUGCUUUUGGCGUCAUCAGAAGGGAAAGCCAGAUACAUACCUGUCUACCAUUGAAGCCAUUUAUUAUUUUUUAGUAGAAUAUCACAAGGAACUCUUAAAAGAGAAAUAUGAAGGACAGUAUGACAAUCUGCUUUUCUUCUUCUCAUUUAUGUACAAACUGAUAAGAAAUGCCAAGUGUUCUGCAGGAAAAGAAUAAGGCAAGACAUUCCUCGUUUGUCAAUUUAAAAAAACACCCAAAUAUUCAUUAUGAUCUACUGGAUUUGGUUUUCUAAACUGCUAAUUCUUUAUGGGAAUUGUAUAGUACAGUUUGCUAGAACACUGUUCAAAAUGCUAAAAGCUCCUGUCCCCUAAACUCAGUCCUAAAUCCAAAGCAAUGGUGUAUAACUUCAGGCCGGUCUCCAAUGCAUUUCUAUGGGAGAGAUUGCCUGAAGUCAAGAUUGCAAGACUGAGCCCGUUUUCACUGUAAAUAGAAAUUUUUUGGGAUUGUAAUGAGCAGCAAAGAUGCCAACAUGGAGUCUAUUUUCUUAAAUAUAGUAAAAUUUAGUUCUGCUGUUUUCACUGUAUAGGAAUGUAUUCUUGGCCAUCAAGCAUGAGUUCAUGCUGGUAAUGUCACUGCUUACUAAAAAUGAUUGGAACAAUAUUUCAGGAGAUGCAUAAAAAUAUCCAGGCUAAUGUUUUCAGGAGGAUGCCGAUGGUAAACAUGUUUGGGUCUAAGUUAAGCUGUAAAAUUGUUUCAGUAAUAUUAUAAUAGCAGUGUUAUUGUAGUGACUGCUUACGUGCUGUUUUCAGGCUGACAGCUCUGGUGCUGCCAAAUGAAGGUUUCCUGCUGAAUUAUGGGGUAAUGGUAUUGCUUUCCCAAGAGAAAUGUACCCUUACUGAGAAAGUUAAAGUUUCCUUCCAAUUGACUGCAAAAGAUUCAGCAGUCUGUGAAUCAUAUACCUGUUCCUUUUACCCGAGACUUGUACCCAGGUGGCAAAUAAACAGAACUAGAGACUGUGCAUGGGCCGUGGAGCCCACAUUGGAUAACUAGUUGAACGAUGGACACAGAAAAAAUUGUGCCCUGCAGUAAUCCUUUUUUAAAUAUUCCCCCACUCCUGACCUUUUGUCCUCUAAAUGCUCUAAAACAGAAAAGCUCUUUGUUACAUAAUCUUCCUUCUAUUUCCAGCUCACAUAUAUUGAGUACACCAACCACUAUAUCAUGGUUUUUCCUAUCAGUCUAAUAAUGAACAUCUCUUUGAAGAAGAGGUGCCAAAUUAACCAGUUACGAGCUGUAUGUCCUCCCCCCACCACUCCGCUUGGCAUAAUUAAUGUAUUGCUAGUACCUCCUGUGAUUGUAGGGAAAGACACUCAAGUCCUGAUCUUGUAAACAGCUAGCUUCUGCUGCUGGUAGUACCGAUCAGGAUUAUUAAAUGCUACAGUAGCAUUUUCACAAUGUGGUGGACUUUAAAAAAGAAAAGCCCAACAAUUCUGGAAGCAGUUUUAGUGUGUGUUCUCCGUUUUGAGAGAAGUACUGAAUUAGAAGUUGUGCCCUCUAGAUGAAUAGAUUAUUUCCAGCUCAUUGACUCCUCUUCUGAAGGCUUAAAGUAAGGCAGGGAAGCCACAGUUACGGACAUUGGAGAAAGAAGCAGCACUGUUGAAUGAUAAAUGAAUGAAUGUUCCAUGAUUAACGGUUGCACUCUUGGAGAAAGCUUGUUUAGACUCAUUGUGUACAACAGCUUUGAUUUUUGUCUGUUAACAAGCUAAAAUAAAAUAACUGGUAUCUUAAAAUACUCACCUUUUGGAUGUAGUCUGCUUCAAGAAAGUCUCUAAAUUAUAAAUCUGACGUCUCUUUCAGAAUUUGGUAUAAUCCUACCAUGUAUUAUACAUUUGAGACUGUCACCCAGUUCAGACAUAGCACGGAAUGGUGGGUCCAAUGGACCCGCAGUUCUGCCCCUCCCCUCUCCCCCGCUCUCCUGCCCGCGUUCAGACGACAGGGAGAGCUGCCUCUCUGCAGUCAGCGAGACUGCAGAGAGGAGGGGGAGCUGGCGUUGCAGGCUUCCUUCUUGAUAGAAAGACAGUCUCCACAGCCAGUUAGGCUGGAAUGAGGGAGGAGCUUCCUCUCUCAACUCCAGCUCCAUGGGUCCCUAACUGCAGUGCCAGCAUUUGUAUGUAACGCUGGCACCACAAAACUGGAGCUAAGGGUGACGAAACUCCACUCUGUCUGAAGGUUCAGAGUAGAGUUUGGCAAGGGAAACCACAGGUCCCUUUUUGCCCUUAAUUCUGUUUUUCCAAGUCUGGACGACUGGCUUCGGAAACCAGAAGUGAAGGGACCUCUGGUUUCCUAUGUUGCCUGAACUCUGCCACUAUGUUGAACGGCUAUGGAUUCUGUUCCCAGUUAUUGCUGUGAUGUUCAAAGAAUAGAUGCUAUUCUGCUACAAGAGUCAGUUUUUCCCCCUCGGUACAGGGAGGUCGUCCUCUUAAUACUGAGUUAUCAGCCACCUCAUGCUCCAAGACAGGGCCGAUUAAAGUUGAGCAGGCUAGUUCCCGUAGUUAGAUAGAUGUCAGUCAAGACCCAGUUCCGGUCCUAUCUUGCUCCAGACUGGCAGUACUUGGAAAGAGCUCUUGCUCUAAUCAUCCUCUUUGGUCUUUUUUUCAGGCUAGUUCUACUCUUUCUCCUUUUUCCUAUUCUCUGUGUGCAAGGGUGGGAAGGGAGUCGCCAUCUUUUAUGUAAAAAACAAACUUCAAUUUCACUCAUUAAUUCCUGCUUUGCUGCCCCCGAACAUGGAGGUUUCCCAAGUAGGGGACGUGAGCUUCUAUUGCAGCAGUGUUUGGUGAAUAAGCCCUGCUGCUUCAAGAAUUGUUGAAGCAUGUGUUGUUAUUUGAGCAUAGUGGGUAAGACAUGGCCUACUGGAUGGGAUCAAAUGUUUGUCUUCAGCAUUUUAUUCCCAAUAGGGACUAGUCUAGCAAUUCUUGGGAUCUAACAAACUGGGCACUGAGGGCAUCAGCCCCCUCUUCUCUGCCUUCAGCAGCUGGUAGAGGGACACUGUACAUGGAAGUUGUAUAUGCACUGUGCAUACAUACUGGGGCAAAAAACCCAAACCCAACUUCACAUAUACACUGAUGGGGUAUGAGCUGUCAGUGACCAACUAGGAGAGAGAUCUUGGGGUCAUGGUGGACAUAAUGCCCUUCUUUAAAUCAGCCACAUUUGGAGUAAUGUAAUUCUAGUAACCGUAUAUUUAGAAGGCCAUUGUAGACUGGAAAAGGUGCAGAAGAGAUGAUAAGCGGCCUGAAGCACCUUCUUUAUGAGGCAAGGCUACAGCAUCUGGGGCAUUUUAGUUUGGAAAAGGGGUGACUAUGGGGAGAUGUGAUACAAUUAUGCAUGGAGUAGAGAGAGUGAGAUUUUUCUCUCUCAUAACACCAGAACUGGGGGUCAUCCCAUGAAACUGAAGGCUAGGAAAUUUAGAGCCAACAAAAGGAAGUACUUUUUCACACAGCACAUAAUUAAUAGAUGGCAUAUCCCCUGCUAACUGAGCAAAGAGGCAACUUUUUUAAAAUGGUGAUUCUCUUUAUUGAGCAAGGGCAAAGCAAAUGGCCCUCUCCAUCCCCAGCACAGCAUCCCUCCAGUGGUUGUUGCUGAUGUCUUUCUUAUGUUUCUUUUUAGAUUGUGAGCCCUUUGGGGACAGGGAGCCAUUUAAUUCAUGUAUUAAUUCAUUUCUGUAUAAACUGCUUUGGGAGCUUUGGUUGAAAAGUGGUAUAUAAGUAUUCAUUGUAUUGCAUUCUCUGCCAUGGGAUGUGAUGAUGGCUACUAGCUUGUAUGGCUUUAAAAGGGGCUUCGACAAGUUCAUGGAGGACAGGUCUAUCAACGGCUACUAGUCUGGUGGCUAUAGGCCACCUUCAGCCUCACAGGCAAGGUGCCUCUAAAUAUUAGUUGCAGGGGAGCAACAGCAAGAGAGAGGGCAUGCCCUCAACUCUUGCCUGAGGGCUUCUCAGAGCCAUCUGAUGGGCCACUAUGUGAAACAGAAUGCGGAACUAGAUAGGCUUCGGGCCUGAUCCAACAGGGCUGUUCUUUUGUUCCAUUUAGAGAUUGCUGCCUAAUAGCACUUGGUAGACCUUUAGACCUUUCCUCCCAAGACACUUCUAAUCCCUUUGCAUCAAGGUUAGUGCCCAGCGUCAUUGUAGCCUGUGCUGGUGAAUGCCAUAAGUUAAUUAUACAUGGUGUUAAAGUUUUGUAUGUCCCGUAGCUACUGCUACAUUUGAGUGACCCUGAUCUCAAGCGUUAUGAGAGAGGAAGAAGAAAGAAGUAAAGAUGGUUUGCUUAUUUCUCAUUUGGAAUAUAUAACCCACUGUGCACAAAAUUGGUCUUUGAGUUUUAUUGGCACGAACAAUUGACUGGGGUUAUUCUGCCCUGGACAGCUCUGCCAAUUUCAGCAUGUAAACCAUGGCUGCAGUCCAGCACGUAUUGAAGUACCUCUUAAGUUGCAUUGGAUUUUGGCUUGCAUUGCUAGCCUAGAACUGCUAAUGUUAUACACAGCUACAUGUGUAAUGUUUUUACAGCAAGAAAUAUCUUUAGCAGCCAUCUCUCUAAUAAAUGGCAAGAGCAAAUGCCUUUACUGUCCAUAGUUUUUUUUAUUGCUGUCAGGAAAAGGGCAUCGCGGCUUUGCACAAUGAUUAAUACUAUUUCCUGUAUAUGGAUUUUGAUCAUCUUUCUGACAUUUUCAGCAGUGUGUGUGUUUAAAAAACAAAGAUCUCUGAACUUUUUAAAAAGGGAAGCCCAAAACAGCUUUUUAAAAGAUCACUGGCUUAUAAUUGAGAAGGAAAAGCUUCCACCCACUGGAAACGCACACAAAAGCAGCCCCCUGACGUGACCUAAUAUAUUACAAUAGUCAAACAGAAGAAGAAAAAUGUAUUUUUUUUUCUUUUCCCCCAAAUAGCAUUUCUUUGAAAUCUUGUUUUGUUUUUCAAUUUAAAAGUAGAGUUGGACAAAUGCUUAAAUAAACUGAGCUUCUGGUUA